AAUGCCUUUGUCACUCUCUUUGAUCUGCUGAGUGGUCUGUUGGUUAAGAUGGAUGACUACACCUUAGCCGAAGCGUGUGGCCGUUCUGCUGUUGCGGUCUCAGACAAGCUCAGGAGUAUAAAGCUGCAGGGGUUGGCACAGGCCGCCGCUGAAGCGAAGCGUCACGCACAACACGUGGGACAAGUGCCAGUGUAUCAAAUACUAGAGGCCAUGGACGCCAUUGUGCGUGUGUUGGUCGACAAGAUAACCUCUCAGUCCACCCGUUCAUGUCUGUACACGACGCUGCUCAAUCUCAUAAGCUUUGCCAAGGACUCGGGUUCGUCGCGGCACGGCACGCACAGCUCCCGUAACCGUGGCAACGAGGCGAUGGUCAGUGUUACCAAUACCUUACUACUACCCUCUGAAAGCCUUAUGUUCCGUCUGAUCCCCGUGGUGGCUACGGAUGCCAUGAGUGGCAAUGGCAGUUGUAAGAGUAUGGGAGUGGCGCUGAUGGGCAGACUGCUCAAGAGCGACCCCAAUAGAUGGAUGGAGAGCCUAUCACAGCACGGAUUCCUGGAUCACUUUGUGGGCAUUCUCAAGCACGCCGACGUGGAGGUGUCGCGUGCACUACACACGCACUCGGGAUCACUGCUGCCCAUCUACAGCUACGAGGCUAAGAUGUCCUUCCUUGUGCUUGUGGCGAGUGUCAAAGAGGGUGCGGCCGCCCUUGUGGCUAGUGGUAUGUUACGUCGAUUGUCCACUUUCACGUGUCUGCAAGAGUCGCCACUACACACAGACGAAACAGACCAGUCGUUUGGAUCACGUGCCGAUCGCGAGCGCCGCGUCGUUCUUUGGGCCUUACGUCUUAUUGGAGGUAUCCUUACGUCGGUGGGUCGUGAGAAUGUCUUUGCCGUGGCUGAGGCGUUGGACUGUGUAGCUGUGAAGAAGGAGUUGUUUCUGAGUGUGUUGAGGGGUGGCGCACACUCCUCGCCCACCGCCAGACUCACCCCACACGUGCUCGAGGAGAUCAAGCUGACGGUGGGCAUCUUCUAUCGCCUGUCUGCCGAUGCGGCUGAGUUCACGCGUAGGUUAGGUGAUAGUGCCUUGGUGUUUCAUAAGCACUUGUUGGGUUGUCUGGUGCGGUUUGCCGUGCCCUCGAGGUGGAAGUCGCGUAUGGCGUACCCUGUCACCAGUACAGUCGAGCCCAGGGAGACAUCGAGCCUUGACUACAGAAUGCGGGAUGUACAGUCGCCGCAAGUCGUCGACGCGGCUGUCAUUGCGGCGGUGGAGUGUGAUGUGCGUGACAUCUGUCUGAGUCUGGUGUCGUAUCUGCGCAGUGUUGUCAAGGUUGCGAAGCAGAGCCGCGAUACUGCACAGAUCAUGCCGUUACUAUCACCAAACCUUCAGAAUGCCAUAGUAUUGGCCAACAACGACUCCAGUGCUCCGUCACACAUCAGUGAUGAAUUGGCGAACGAAGAGAAUGCCAGCAGCAAACGGCCCCCGUCCCUCAGCGCACUUGUAAUAUACAUCCGCACAGCUAUACCUAGUCUGUUGAGCCGAGUGACAGCAUCAGCAGCCAGGGGUCGAGGUCGCGGUUCGGGCGCUGAAAAUGGUACUAACCUAAAUAUGGGCAUGAUUUUAGGCGGGAACGCGGUAGGUAUAAAUGUCGGAGCCACCCCAGAUACCUACGGACAUCCAGACGCAAACGCAUAUGGUUCUAAUCAGGGAUACACACGCGGUAACCAUGGUAACCAGGGGUAUGGUAUGCCACAUUCCAUGCACAGUACACAAAGCUACGGCACAACUGGACACAACCCACAGAUUAACCACGGUUACGGUUAUGGGAGACCUCAUGCGAUCAACGGAACGUUCGGACCGAUAACUGGGGACUUCAAUGACUACAGGUCCACGUUCAAUCGACGUGCGCGUCACCAGCCGUCCCUAACAGAGGAUACCCACGCCGUUCAGAUACUGCUGUGUGGUAUUGAGAGUGCGCUGUAUGUGCUGAUGCUGCAUUUGCACUACUACCUGACAGUUGCCGCUACCACAACACCGCUGCCAUACGUUACAACAAAGUAUUGCGGAUCGGCAUCGGGGAUUGAUGUGGAUGACGGGGGCAUGCUCAUGGGCGGAGAAAUCACCUGGGACCAAAUGACGCGAGAGUCGCGUGAGAAGCUCAAGUCCACGGCCAGUUCAUGUCUGGCCCAAGUGCUGGACAACCUCCAGUUCUCACAGGAUAUUCAGGCUCAGCUAUACACUUUAACGGGGUGCUCAUCAGAGUUUAUCGAAACAGUGAGUCAACAAAUCCGUACUUUGCUCGAACUGGAGAGGCGCGGGGUAUCAUACUAGGCUCUCCAUCUCUAGACUUGCUACGCUGUGAUACCUUCUAUGGCCAUCGGCAUGUUAGUCAACCAAAGGCCCAGGAAUAAAUACCGGGCUUCUUUACACAAUAAAAAAAUGCAAAC